UAAUGGCUCCUCCUGCUACAGACAGAGACGGAGCUGGCACCGAGCAUUGAAACUGGGGGGAGCUGUGACACCACGGAGAAAAAGAAGAACGCAAUUACACUUCAAAUACCAUUAGGUUUUUGUUUGCAAUUGUUUAGAGUUAUCUAAGAAAAAGAUUGUCUGGGUGGCAGUUUGGGUCGAGGGCUAAAUUUAGCAGCGGGCAGUCGAGGAUAGCGGUCUAUUUUUCGACAACCAACUCCCCAGAUGAACUCCGUCAGAGCCACCAACAGGAGACCCAGGCGAGUGUCGAGGCCGCGCCCGGUACAACCCGAACGGAACAACGGGGACAGAGAUGAGGAGGCUCCUGCCGCAGCUGCAGCAGAAAUGGCUAUUGAAGAGUCCGGUCCAGGUGCUCAGAACAGUCCCUAUCUUCUCCGACGCAAGACCCUGCUUCCCAAGAGAACCGCAGCUGCCUCUGCCACCGCCUCUGCCUGCCCCAGCAAGGGCCCAAUGGAGGGAGCUUCCACUUCAUCAACAGAGGCCUUUGGCCAUCGAGCCAAGCGGGCACGAGUGUCCGGUAAGAGCCACGACCUGCCAGCAGCUCCAGCAGAACAAUAUUUGCAGCAGAAGCUUCCAGAUGAGGUUGUUUUGAAGAUUUUCUCUUACUUAUUGGAGCAAGACCUUUGCCAGGCAGCUUGUGUCUGCAAGAGAUUCAGCCAGCUAGCAAACGAUCCCAUCCUGUGGAAACGGCUAUACAUGGAGGUGUUUGAGUAUACACGUCCCAUGAUGCAUCCUGAGCCAGGCAGGUUCUACCAGGUCAGCCCUGAGGAGCAUGAACACCCAAAUCCUUGGAAGGAAAGCUUUCAGCAGCUGUAUAAAGGUGCACAUGUAAAGCCAGGCUUUGCUGAGCAUUUCUACAGUAACCCUGGCAGAUACAAAGGAAGGGAGAAUAUGCUGUAUUACGAUACCAUUGAGGAUGCCCUGGGUGGGGUACAAGAGGCCCACUUUGAUGGUCUCAUCUUUGUUCAUUCUGGCAUCUAUACAGAUGAGUGGAUUUAUAUAGAGUCUCCCAUCACUAUGAUUGGUGCAGCUCCUGGAAAAGUAGCAGACAAGGUGGUGAUUGAAAAUACUAGAGACUCAACAUUUGUUUUCAUGGAGGGCUCAGAAGAUGCGUAUGUGGGCUAUAUGACCAUCAAGUUUAAUCCAGAUGAUAAGUCAGCGCAGCACCAUAACGCCCACCACUGUCUGGAGAUCACGGUCAACUGCAGCCCUAACAUUGACCACUGUAUCAUCCGCUCCACAUGCACAGUGGGUUCAGCUGUGUGUGUCAGUGGACAGGGGGCCUGUCCAACCAUCAAACACUGCAACAUCAGUGACUGUGAGAACGUAGGGCUGUACAUUACAGACCAUGCGCAGGGCAUUUAUGAAGACAAUGAAAUCAGCAACAAUGCGCUAGCAGGAAUUUGGGUAAAAAACCAUGGUAAUCCCAUCAUUAGACGUAACCACAUUCACCACGGACGAGAUGUCGGCGUGUUCACAUUUGAUCACGGCAUGGGUUACUUUGAGAACUGUAAUAUCCACAGAAAUCGCAUAGCAGGCUUUGAGGUAAAGGCAUAUGCAAACCCCACAGUUGUGCGCUGUGAGAUCCACCACGGCCAAACGGGAGGCAUCUACGUCCACGAGAAAGGGCGGGGCCAGUUUAUAGAGAACAAAAUCUAUGCCAAUAACUUUGCCGGUGUGUGGAUCACGUCCAACAGUGACCCAACAAUACGCGGAAACGCUAUUUUCAACGGUAACCAAGGAGGGGUCUAUAUAUUUGGAGACGGGCGAGGUUUGAUAGAGAGUAACGACAUCUAUGGUAACGCCUUGGCUGGAAUCCAAAUCCGAACCAACAGCUGCCCCAUUGUGCGACACAACAAAAUCCAUGAUGGACAGCAUGGGGGCAUCUAUGUGCAUGAGAAAGGCCAGGGUGUGAUCGAGGAAAAUGAGGUUUACAGCAACACGUUGGCCGGAGUCUGGGUGACCACAGGCAGCACUCCUGUUCUCCGCAAGAACCGCAUCCACAGUGGCAAACAGGUCGGUGUGUAUUUCUAUGACAACGGGCACGGUGUGUUGGAAGACAAUGACAUCUACAACCACAUGUACUCGGGUGUACAGAUAAGAACUGGGAGCAACCCAAAGAUAAGACGCAACAAAAUCUGGGGUGGUCAGAAUGGAGGGAUUUUAGUGUACAACUCAGGUCUGGGCUUCAUCGAGGAUAAUGAGAUCUUUGACAAUGCCAUGGCUGGAGUGUGGAUCAAAACGGACAGCAAUCCCACACUGAGGAGAAAUAAGAUCCAUGAUGGCAGAGAUGGAGGCAUCUGCAUCUUCAACGGAGGCAGAGGUUUGCUAGAAGAGAACGACAUCUUCAGAAAUGCUCAGGCUGGUGUGCUGAUCAGCACCAACAGUCAUCCAAUACUUCGCAAGAACCGCAUUUUUGAUGGUUUUGCAGCAGGUAUUGAAAUCACUAACCAUGCCACUGCAACACUGGAGGGCAACCAGAUUUUCAACAACCGCUUUGGAGGUCUGUUUCUGGCCUCUGGGGUAAACGUUACUAUGAAAGAUAACAAGAUUCAGAAUAAUCAGGAUGCCAUUGAGAAGGCAGUGAGCAGAGGACAGUGUCUCUACAAGAUCUCCAGUUACACCAGUUACCCCAUGCACGACUUCUACAGGUGUCACACCUGUAAUACAACAGAUAGGAAUGCCAUCUGUGUUAACUGCAUCAAAAAAUGCCACCAAGGACAUGAUGUAGAGUUUAUACGGCAUGAUCGGUUUUUUUGUGACUGCGGAGCAGGAACGUUGUCCAACCCGUGCACGCUGGCCGGAGAGCCCACACAUGACACAGACACUUUGUAUGACUCGGCGCCGCCCAUCGAGUCCAACACGCUCCAACAUAAUUGAAGGUGUCUGGUUGAGUUAACCACCCUCACAUAAGCAUACAGACACAUUACAUUGCACACAGCCUUACACACACAGUUACAUUCACACAUCCACUUGCAGCCAUAAAGACCCAGAGAGACUCUGAUUGCGGCGCUCUCAGACGGGAUCGAUGUGGAAGAGGCUGCAGAGGAAGCAACUUCCAGCCUGAAACGCUGCAGCAGGGGGAGCAGUGGAGCUGAGGGUAGACUGACAGAACAGCCACAAGAGAUUGGAACAUUUCUUACUGCAGUCUGUAAACAAAGAGGAUGGGAAGAGAAGGGUUGUGCUGAGGGCCUGACGAGGUCAGUUGAUGGCACUUUGAGUAUGAACUCCUCCCUGGAUAAUCCUCAGCUCCGGGCCUUCCUGUUUUUCUCCUUCUUAAGAACUGCUGUCAAAGACUUCCUGCUUCCUCAAAGCUGCCAUUCCUAUUGGCUGGCCGAGCAGUUGUAACUAGGCAACAGAUGGGUGGAUGUUAUUCUGUGUGUGGAUAAGAAGCAAGAUUGUGUGAGUGUUAUGGAGCACUUGGGCUUUUUUUUGUUUUGUUUUCUUUUUUUUUAAUCUGAUCAAUGGAUUUUAUUUUAAUGCUUUCUCAUGUAGUUUUGUAUUUUCAAGCAAAAAGCUGUAUUUGAAUGUCUUUUAUUUUAUUAUAUAUUAUUAUAAUUAUUAUUAUUUUUCUUUGGUUAGCGUCCCCUCGUCCUGACCCGUCAAACUGCAGAAACUCUUAACGUCCCAGUGGUGAAAAUUCUUUCUGUGAAAGAGAAUCUCAUUUAAACACUAUAAACCCUCUCCAGUGUGUUAGUUUAAAUGGCAGGUGGAGUUGCUCCACACUUGUAUAAAGAGGUGUGUGUAAAUGUGUGUCAUGUACAGUGCAAGUGCUGCGUGUGUGUGUGUGUGUGUGUGUGUGUGUGUUUAUAAGUUGAUGCAGUCAGUGUUUUGUGGAGAGGGUUUCAGUAGGAGGCGUCCAAGCUCCUUUUGAACUGGUACAGAAGAGUCGGUCUGCAGUCCCCGCAAUCCUCCCCGUCUCCCACUUGUGUAUCGUGGUGACUGUGGCUCCUCAUGCAGCCUGAAUUGUAUGCAUGUACCAUAACAUCUAGACUUAAUAUAUUGUGAAGUAUUCAAUAACCAUUAUGUAGAUGCUAGUUGGAAUUCAAAAAGGGGUAUACUUUCUUAGAAAGAAAAAAAAGAAAACAGGAAACUGGCCAUUUCUAAGAAAAUAAAACUUUAUUAGAUCAAA